AUGGAGCUUCACGACAGUCGCUGUACGCUUCCGUUAAUGAACAUGUUUUCAGCGGCAUCAUCACUCUGUGCAGUCGUCAAGGACCGCAUCAACACUGCGUGUGAAGGGCAACCCGCGUGGAAAGUUGUUCUAGUGACCGCCGGGGGAACUUUCUGCCUCGUUGCCGUCAAGAAUUUUUUAUGGCAAGAUGAAAGUCUUUUCGUACGCUCGAAGUUGGCUCUCUUCUCGCUAAUUAGAAAAAUUCCUCAGGUCAAGAGGAAAAUCGACGAAGAAAUAGGAAAGCUAGAGCGAGACAUGCUGGCAGAGAUGAACGAGAGCAUCGACAACAGCGUCUUCAUGACGGCGCUGCCUCCAUGUGGCUGGAGUAAACAAGCCAUCCUUGAACAAAUUAACAUCUACAGCAAAUAUGAAAAUGCAGGGUUACCGCAAUAACCUGGCGGAGACUAAUAAAGUUAUCGACGAGGAAGGCUGGUACAACUCAGGCGACGUGGCCCUCGUGGACGAGGAAGGCUACGUCCAGGUCGUCGACCGCGUCAAGGAGAUCAUCCGCCUUGAAUACGAAAAUGUUAGUGUUUAUUUAUUUUUUAAAAGCAGCGUGCAUCAAGCUUGCAGAUGAAACUUGAUGCACGGUUAAUCAAAAGCACUUUCUGGGGACUAUGAGAGAAAUUUUCAUUGCUGUUGGUAAGUAAAAUUGGGGUGCCACCCCGGGUUUUACCCCGCGUCUUUCGCGUAUUGAUACUGGUAUCAGGCCAACUAAUACUUAGAUACCAGGAAAUCGUGUUACGGGGGGUACUUUUUUACUUUUUCCAUCAUAACUCGGCAACGGCUGCU